AUGGUGUUGACGUCGGGACGAACUGGACAGAGAGCAUCAGAUGCACAAUGCAGCGCGAUAGUCAGACGCUCGCAUCCAGUUAGGACCUGGGAUCUGGACCCCAGCAGGAUCAAACUUUUCCAUCUCAGGGACCAGCUGGAGGACAUCGGCACAGAGGAGGGAAACAGCUGGCUGGGUCACAUUUACAACCUGCUGGGGUUCAUUCAAUACAAGCUGGGGUUGACUGAAGACGCCCAGAGUUUGUUCAACAAGGCUGCAGAGGCCUUCCGCCAGAUGAGAAGUGCAGAUGAGGGUCCCUGGUUAGUGGUGAACUACGGGAACCUGGCUUGGCUGAACCACCACCUGGGAGACCAAGCAGAGAGUCAGGCUUACCUGACAAAGAUUGACGCCCUGAUGAAUAAAUACCCAUCUCUAUCCCAUGACGAGCUCCAUCCAGAGAUCUACGCUGAAAAAGCCUGGACCCUGAUGAAUUUCAGCACAGACAGAAAUCUGGCUGCAGAUUACUUCCAGAGAGCCAUCAAGAUGCAGCCGGACAUGGUGGAGUGGAACACCAGCCACGUCUUAGUGUUAGCGAGAGCUUUUAAACACAGCAACACGGGGCUGGAGACUGACAUGAUUGGAGAAAUCUCCAUCAGUGCUGCUCAGAGUCAAACAACACUGGUGUCCAAACUGGAGGCCCUGCAGUGCCACUUCACCUGGGAUCUGGACCCCAGCAGGAACAAACUUUUCCAUCUCAGGGACCAACUGGAGGACAUCAGCACAGAGGAGGGAGACAGCUGGCUGGGUCACAUUUACAACGUGCGGGGGUUCAUUCAAUAUAAGCUGGGGCUCACCGAAGACGCCCAGAGUUUGUUCAAAAAGGCUGCAGAGGCCUUCCGACAGAUGAGAAGUGCAGAUGAGGGUCCCUGGUUAGUGGUGAACUACGGGAACGUGGCUUGGCUGAACCACCACCUGGGAGACCAAGCAGAGAGUCAGGCUUACCUGACAAAGAUCGACGCCCUGAUUAAUAAAUACCCAUCUCCAUCCCAGGACGAGCUCCAUCCAGAGAUCUACGCUGAGAAAGCCUGGACCCUGAUGAAGUUCAGCACAGACAAAAAGGUGGCUGCAGAUUACUUCCAGAGAGCCAUCAAGAUGCAGCCGAACAUGGUGGAGUGGAACACCAGCCAUGUCUUAGUGUUAGCGAGAGCUUUUAAAGACAGCAACACGGGGCUGGAGGCUGACAUGAUGGAGAAAGUGAGAAUCGCCAAGGAACAGGAUCCAGAGAACUUGUACCUCGCUGCUUACUACCUUGAGCAAUGUGCUAAGAAAGGAGAGAGAAUUGAAGAUGAAGCACGAGAGUUAGCCAGAAAGGUUUUGAGAAAUCCCGUCAGCAGCUACAGUGGUAUAAAAACAUUAAUAAUGACUUACAGAAACUGUGUUUCUAUUGAUGAGGCCAUUGAUUUGGCAGAGGAGGCUCUGGAAAACCAUCCAGAUGAGCGUUAUCUGAAGAGAUGUGCUGCACUCUGUUACAAAUGGAAGAUCAUGUUUUUUAGUGACAGUUGCCCAAAGCAAAGCAUGAUAGACAGAGGAAUCACUCUCAAUAAGGAGGUGAUUUCUCUUUAA